GCUCGUGAUUGGCUAAGCGGUAAAUUUGAAAACAUUCAGCCGUAGUCAACAUGCAUAUGCUCGAGCGGCGAUAGUUCGCGAUAAAUAAAACGAAAAAUCCGACUAUUAGCGAUAAAUGUUGCGACUAAAGCUUUGUAAAUUAAUUUAUAAACAGUCAGUAACAGUGGACUUUUGAAGAUUAGCGAGAAGAAGCGAUGGACAUUGCGUCUUAUUUUCAGGCUUUUGAGUCGAGUGUCUGCAACUAUGUUGGAGAUGACCCGUUAGAUCCUUGGGACAAGUUUGUAGAGUUUCUAGAGAGCAGGCUGUCUGUGGAGGAGAGGACGGGUUUAUCUGUUGUGUUGGACCGUCUGGUUCAAACCUUCCUUCAAGAUGAACGAUACCACAACGACCUGCGUUACGUCACUCACUGUAUCAAAUGUGCGGGUUUCCAUAGUGAUCCGGUUGAGGUGUACAGCUGUCUUCACAGUCAAGGUGUGGGGACACAGAUAGCAGAGCUUUAUAUGGACUGGGCUCAUCAAUGUGAGAAGAAAGGAUUAAAUCAUCAGGCUGAAGCUGUCUAUCAGAGAGCUCUCCAUAGCAAAGCACAACCACAAGACCUUGUGCUGCAACAGUACAAGAUCUUUCAGAGUCGAAUGUCUACAAAUACUCAGACAGUGAUGGCAGAUCAUGUACGUCAACCGCUGCAGAACUCUCAGCUCGUCAAUCAGAACCCCAGACAAAGAGACACGCUCCAGACUCAAUGCAAGGAACCAGAAUCUCCUUUUCCUGCACCCAGAACAGUUCAUGUAAUCUCCCGGUCAGAGAAUAACCCGAGCCGGACGGGUCGCAGUAAUACACUCGAGUCUGUGUCCAUGUACUGUGUGAAUGAGAUACAGUGUGAUGAUGGAUCAGAAAUGUCUUUUGAAGAACUCCGAGCCAAACGAUACUUUGCUAAAUGCAUAGAACAAGAGGAACAACGGAGGCUGGCGGAGGAGCAGAGGAGGGUAUGGGAGGAAGAAGAGGAGAUUAGGAAGAUGAAGCAGCUUUUGGAGAGUCUGGAGAUGAAUGUGACUGUACAGCCAGCAGAGCAGAUGAAGGAUCAAAGAGUUGAAAGUCCUCCUGAGUUGAUGUCCUGCUCCAAUCCUCAUACAGCACCACAGCUCUGCCCUGAGUACUCUGCAGUGCAUGCUGGGAAAUCAGACAGAUAUGUGUCAGAAACAAACCGUUCACUCGUUCCUCAAAGCUCUCAGGGUCCUGAAUGUGUGCGCAGCUACAGAGAGAGUGGAGAUGAGCUGCAGAAAUACAGACGGUCAGAUGAUGCUGAUGGUGCGGUUUUUCAUCAGCAAAACAGAGAAGAUCAUGAUGUGUUUAAGCAGCCAGAGGCAGAAGAUGAUGGAAAUAAUGUUGACACAUCAUGUGGAGGUUUUAAUCACUCUCAUGUUACUCCAAACACAUCUUUGGGUUUCAUGCACCCCACCCCAUCCCGAGUUCUUCCUUCUCCCACUGUCAAUACACGAGAGGCUUUGGGUGUGAUCAUGGACAUGUUUCAGGUGCCCACACUCCUUCAGGAGAGCAUGAUGUUUAACAGUGUCAUUCAGCCGGAGGACAGCUUUGAGAAAAGCUGCAGAAUCACCGGCAGCGCUGCCUCAUGUGUUAAACCAAACAGCACAACUCCAUUCAUGAUAUACCAGGACACAGAUGAGCAGGAGAAUGGAAGCUCAUCUCAGGCUGUGCUCAGGAGAAAACCAGCAGUUAAUCGAGGGCUUAUGGAGAUUUCUAAAGCAAGUGAGACUCCUGUCAGCACUGAGUCUAUCACAGAUGAGAGCACGGUAUGGGGGGCUCGUAACGUCUCGGUGGGCCCGUGUCCAAAUCACACUCGUGAUUUUACCCUGUCCGCUCAUAUGGUCUCCACACCCCUUCACCCUCGCGCUCCUUACUCCUGGGAUACAGAGCAGUCACAAGAGGAAAGUGUGCAGGUCAGAGGUGUUGAGAGCUCUGAGGAAAACCCAUAUGGGCGGCCGCCCACUAAACUCAGUCCAAUCAUUGAGCAGAGUCCAUUAGAUGAGAAGCCGUCAGAGAUGGCCGAGUGCAGUAUGCGGGCUCAGGGCACUAUUGUCGGUGAAGGUGUGUCUUUGGCUCAUCAGACUCCGGGUGUUUCUCUGACCCAGCACAACCAAACCUCCUGUAGCAGUAGCAGGCAUCCACUGGCCGCCCUGUCCUUUCCCGACCAGACAGUCUUACGGGCGGACGAUGAGUCAGCGAGAGUUAGCAGCACUAAACCCAGCUGGAGCGUCUACCAGAGCCCAGAGAAAGAGCCGGAACCGAAUCCCAUCCCAGCGGCAGAAAGAGCUGGCUCAGGGUCCUUUCACAGGUAUGAGUCUGGUGAGAUGCCAUCGGAGAAUCAGGAGGUUGAUCAAGAUGUCUGUAUGAGUCCCAAAGCUGCUCCAGGACUGAGCUGGUUACAGGUGGACAGCACGGCACACGCGGGAGAACGAGAUCUUGAUGUCAUGAUGAUGAGUCCUCGUCAGCCCGCAGCUUGCGCCCAACCCAUCUGGACCAUCUACAGGAGCCCAGACAAAGCUCCUGAACCGGACUUCCUGUGGGCAAAGAGUCCAGAGCCAGUAGCAGAGCAGGAUUUAGAUAUCCUCUCAGCUCAAGAGGAAGUACAAAUUCUACUUCCGAAGAAAUCGUUCCAGCAGCGGAGAUCAGGCACAGCAGCUCUUCAGAUGUUACAUGAAUCUCUCCUGAUGAGUCCACCAAAGCAAGUCUUUAAACCAGCACCGGAGGAGCCCAUGAGUCCAGCACCAGGACUAAACUGGCUCAGCACGGACACUCCACCUCGGCCAGCAGAGACCGAUCUGGAUGUCAUGGCGAGCCCACCGCAGAGCUCUGUUAAACUCUCAGAACUGAGCAGAACCGUACCCAUGAGUCCUGUUGGUACAGCAGAUGUUCCCAUGGUGGACACACCUAAACCAGUCUGUCAGCAGCUGGUGUCAGAUCCAUGGAAUGAAGAUCUCAUCGUUUCACUGAUGUCAAACCUUCAACCUCCUCUUUCUUCACAUCCCAACCUCACUGUUUGGUCCUGUCGUCUGCCCAACAUCACGCCCAAAAUGACCGUCCAGAUCGCUGGACAGUCACUGCGGGUGGACUUUAUUCUUGGACAGGGAGCUUUCGCUACGGUUUAUCAGGCCACAAACCUCACGAGUACACAAAAACUCUGUCUGAAGGUCCAGAAACCUGCCAAUCCUUGGGAGUUUUAUAUCGACAGCCAGCUGAACAUCCGUCUGGAGCCCGGUGUACGUCAUCUCUUUAACACCUUAUACUCCGCUCAUCUCUUCAACAAUGGCAGCGUGUUGAUCGGGGAGCUGCACAACUGUGGGACAUUACUGAGCGCUAUAAACCUGUACAGGGGUCGCAGUGAGAAGGUGAUGCCUCAGCCGCUGGUGCUUUAUUUCACCGUCUGUAUACUGCAGAUGGUGGAGACGCUGCACCAGGCUAACAUCAUACACGCUGAUAUCAAACCUGAUAACUUUCUGCUGGGAGAGAGGUUUCUGGAGAAUGAAUGUUUCGAUCAGGAGAACCUGGAGCACGGCUUGACUCUCAUUGAUUUGGGUCAGAGCAUCGACAUGACUCUCUUCCCAGAAGGCACUGCGUUCACAGCCAAAUGUAUGACAUCUGGUUUUCAGUGUGUGGAGAUGUUAAGCGGUCGACCCUGGAACUAUCAGACGGAUUACUUUGGCAUCGCGGGGACGGUCCAUUGCAUGAUAUUUGGGACGUACAUGCAAGUUAAAAAUGAAGGUGGAGUUUGGAAAACAAAUGGGAUGUUUAAAAGAAACGUUCAUGCUGAUCUCUGGCAGAACUUCUUCCACACGCUCCUGAACGUUCCCGACUGCGGCUCAUUACCCUGUCUGCGCAGUCUUCGUCUGCAGCUGAACGCAGUCCUGCAGGAGAACUACAGCAGCAAACUGAGAAGCCUUAAAAACCGACUGGUGGUUCAGAUCCUGGAGUCACGCUCUUCUUCACGCAGAUAAACACCUCUCACGUUUGACUUCUUUUAUUCGUUUAAAUUUUACCGUUGGAUUUUAUAUUGUGUAAAAAAGUGUUUUUGAAGCCUUUUGUAAAUUGAAAUAAACCCUGGAUCAUCCUCACUCCUCA